AUGGCAUCACUUAACACGGAACUUGCUCUUGUGAAGCGGUUUCACAUGUUGAGCAAAAACUAUGAUAACCGCCCGGUAAUUGCACGUCGCAAUACUCUACCAUCACUGGUUCGUUUUGUGGGCAGCAAAGAUAGAGAAACAAGGCAGUAUGCUCUUGCGGCACUGCACUUGCUGGCACAACACCCAGAGAAUGUAGAAUUACUAGCCGAGCAGAAUGGACUUGUUAAAGAAGUUUUUAAAGUGUACAAGGACACUGAAUACGAUGACCCCGAACUUCAUGACUUGUCGAAUGAACUUCUUAACUGUUUAGAACCCGUUUUAUUAGGUCGAGAUCCUAGAAAAGAGACUACAUCUACUGCAGUGGUGGGUAGUAGUGGCAGUGGAGGUGGAGGAGGUGGUGGUGAUGGUAGUAGUCUUAACGAGAGUACUAUGAAUGACAGCUUCACAAUGGCGAGACGGGCUCGUGCGGCCCGUGUUCUUCGCGGUGUUGGUUCUGAUGUUAUUCACACCGUUAUUCUCGAUAUUCCUGCCUUGGAUCCACAAAGCGGGGAUGAUCUCGCAACCAUUGAAGAUAUUUUUCAAACCACACGUGGUGUGGUAUCGUACUCUGUUUUUCUUGAAAACCGUCAAGCACGACUAUUUAUAACUUGUGAUACCCGAGCAGUACAGCAAGUACUCUCAGACGCGGGUUUCGAAUCUAUUGUGGUGCGUGAUGAAGUGGUUGGUCAAGACGUCUUUGGUGGAGAUACCAGUUCCCUCAACGCCAAUAAUAACAACAGUAAUAAUAAUAAUACACGUAGUUAUUACGAUAGUGGACCACAGAAGCGACAACCAACAUACUUUGAAAGUCUUACCAAUAGUAUUUACCAAACCGCAUUGGUGUUGCGGGGUGGUGGUGGUGGUGGUGUUGGUAGUAACAGUGGAAAUGACACAUUGUCAGCACGUGUACAGCAGCAGCGGGCUCGUGAGCAACAGGGGAACUCCACUUUAAGUCAAGUGACAAAAGUACUGGCAAAGUGGUGGUGA